CUUUUUUUUUUUUUCUUUUUCUUUGGAUCCAUUGCAUAGCCAAAAUUAGCAAUGUUUCGUUUCGAACAAAUAAAUUGAUUGGUCUUUUAACGUGGAUGAAUAACAUCAUCAGUGUAGGCCUUUUUUUUUUCAACUCUGUAUGUAUAAAUAGGACACAGCUUACGUAUCUUUCCUUUUCUCAAUUUUAUCAAAUUUUAAACACUUUUUUUUUCUUUCUUCUUAUACGCAAGCAAAUCUCUUAUCUUUUUAUAUACUAUGCAAAUUUUUGUAAAGACACUCACUGGUAAAACCAUUACCUUAGAA